AUGGCUAACCGGCGCCGCAAUUCCUCCGCUUUUCAACCCCAAAAUGAUACAGCUUCUCAAUCCAACGCAGCAGGUGGCUCCUCCCCAGUUUACCAUGGAAUCCGAUUGCGAGCUGGGAAAUGGGUUUCUGAAAUUCGUGAAAACAAGUCCAGUCGCAUAUGGCUUGGCUCGUAUCCGACACCAGAGAUGGCUGCUGCUGCUUACGACGUGGCUGCAUUGGCAAUCAAAGGUAAGUAUGCAGUCCUAAACUUUCCAGAAUCUAUUCUCGAAAAUACACUUCCCGAGUGUCCUACCGCUGAUGACAUCCGUGCCGCAGCUGCAAGAGCAGCUGCCGCUCGAUCACCGGCGUAUGAGUAUGGUGGUGGAAGCAUGACGGUCGGUGGUACAAAUACAGCUCCUCCAGCUGGACCUGGUAUGUAUGUGGAUGAUGAAGCAGUGGUUGGCAUGCCAAAUCUGUUGUCAGAUAUGGCGGAGGGAAUGCUUCUCAGUCCACCGAGGAUCGAUUCUAAUCCGCCAGACGAUGGAACAUAUUAUUCUGGUGGAGGAAAUUUGUGGAAUUACUAG